AUGACCGUGCCCGUUCAUCUGACGGGCGUUUUCUGCCCAGAAAGGUCCAGACGAAGCAAUCGACAUGACCGUCCUAUUGUGCAUCUUUUCGCUCUUUCGCUUGUAUGCUUAAUUUGCCUGUCCUGUUUUCUUGUGUUGACUGGGCAUUGCUCUGCGGCCAAUGACAUGGACGUUGCCGUGUCAGACGGGGGCCACGAGUCAGCAGGGCUUGUUGAGGAUAUAGCACAGGGCCAUAAAACCCGUUCUGGCUUAGACGAGAGUACAUCUACUACCAGUAGGCAACGGAGACAAGCCAAAUAUGGCCGGGUGAGAUUCUCUGUAAUGUCGUGGCAGUCCUCAGAGAGGCCCCCGCGGUCCGCGGCUGUAAAACGCGGAAGAAAAUUUCUGAUGGACGUGGUGCCUCUGGCUGCUGUGUUAGCAAUUUGCGUCGCCUUUCGUUUCUUUAGAUCGCGUGAAAACUUGGAAGCGUACGUUGCUGAGACAGCGGCGACAGUACAGGAGUGGACGCGUCGCCCCUUCCGAUGGAGAGAUGCUCCUGAGCCCACAUCUAGAGCAGAGGGCACUGAGGAAGAAGACGCAGACACCGCUGCUCGCUCCCGUUUGCGAGAACAGGCGCAGGAUCAUGGCAGGCCUGGAAGGACAGGUUUAGACGCACGUGGUGUUCCUAUGGUUCCACGCCUACCACCAACGUACGAGGAAACGAUGCGUGACUCGGCAUGGAAUAGAGUACCGGGAUUGCAAGUGUGGGACAGGCCGCCUGAAUAUACAGACGGAGGAGCUCCUGGUAGUGGAUGA